UAAGUCACAAGCAAAGGUGCAACCUAGACAAACACAAGCAGGCUUAGUGAGUACGCCAUAAGGAGAUUCUCUAGAAACAAGGAAGAGGGCUAAUAAAAUAUGGGACAGAGAUGCAUUCAACAAUGGGAUAGCAUUUGUAUUAUGGACAACUAUCUGAAUAGAGACGCAAGGAAAGACUGAAGACCAAGGAUUGAAGCCACCUACAACCACAGUGUCCAUCAGGAUGGCUACCAAUUCCAGUUCUGCGUAUUCUGAAUGUAAACCUGGAGACACAUUGUGUGAGAUCCGUGUGUAUGAACAGGAAGUUAUAAUCGUACCGGUGUUGUUUUUGAUGAGCUUUUUAAUCACGCUGGUGUUUCUGCUGCUGAUGAAGUUCUGUCCUGAGAAAGUGGAUCGCCUGCAACACAGGUCCGUUCGAGCAUCCAGGAGUAGGAGAAACUUGCAAGGCAUUGAUGCUCCCCAGGGUCUGAAUGCUCUUGAAGGUGAGCCCAUAGCAUUGGACAAUACAUCUUACAUGACGUUCAGCCCAGUUCAAGACUCCUAUAGAAAUGAACAUGCCAACAAUGUGGCCUUUAUCGAUGGAGGAGGCUCUUUCGGCGCUGCAGCUUUAGCCUUCACAAAGCCCAGGGAACUUCCACGACAGCGACUCCCGGAGAACUUCAAAGGGGUGUCUCCUCUCCCAGCAUCAUACUCUCUGAAGUCAGAGAGCUCCGUCUCACUCUGCAGGGCUCGUAUGGAAAACAGAAAUGUGGUGCUGCGUGUGCUUAAAGAUUCAGCCAGUAGCCACGAAAGUCAGUCAUUCUUGGGAUUUGCAUCUUUCCUUUCCCAGUUAGGACCCCAUCCCUUUUUACCAGAGCUUCUGGGAGUUAUAUCCGUGAGAGCUCCUCUCAUUGCUGUUAUUGAAGAGAUGGAAAACAGAGAUCUGCUUGGAUUCCUGUGGAAAUGUAGACAGGAUAAUGUUGGACCAGACGGCAUGUACCAGAUGACAGAGAAAAAGAUCUUCACCAUGGCUUCACAUGUGUCCUCUGCACUGGACUUUCUCCAUAGCAAAGAUCUUCUUCACUGCAACAUCAAAGCUCGCAGUGUGUUAGUCAGCAGGAUGUGCACUGCAAAACUCUGGGGUUUGGGUGAUUUGUAUGCAAGGACAUCGGCAAUUGCAAAUUACAGUGAAGAUCCUGGGAGAAAAAAAUGGCAGGCUCCUGAACUACUGGCCAAGAGACCAGCCACUACAAAGAGUGAUGUUUGGUCACUUGGGCUGCUAUUGUAUGAAAUGGUGACUCUUGGUGAGGUCCCCUUUGCAGAAAUCCCUGCAAAAGAACUUUUACAGUAUCAUCAGCGAGGAAAAACCCUGAAGAAACCAAACAACUGCUCCAACACACUUUAUUCACUUAUCAAAGCUUGCUGUCAGUGGAAGGAACAUGACCGUCCCUCAUUGGCUGAGGUCAGGCGUAAACUCCAAUCAGGAGAGAAGAGUGCCAAUGACAGCAGUGUUAUCCGUGUGCCAGAGCCGAUUGAUAUUGAACAGUAUCUGAAGGAAGCAGGAUAUGGAGAAUCCAACAACUACACAGUUUUCUAAACUUCACAUGACUCUUCAUUUGCGCUUGUGGUGGAAACUAUUCAUUUCCAGCUCUUCCUGCAGAUUGAACUUGAUUGAAGUGUUGACCAGCCAUACUGACAUUGAAACAUUUGGAUGUAUGAAAUGUUAAUUUUAGAGAAUGUUUACAGAUAUUAUCCUUCCUUUAAAAUACAUUGAACAAAUUGCAACAUUGCCAAAUUCUAGGAUUUUAAAUAAAAUCCUAAAUUUAUUAUACAGUUAAGAACGCGAGGCUGUGAAAUGGUGGAGUUUAAAGCAAUAAACACUGAGAAGUUUCAAACUUGUGUAAAGACAUGGCAAGUUCAUUUCCACUUUUAAAUUAAACAGAUUUCAAGAAAAUGUCACUAGAAAAUGACUGACUAUCUGUUCCAACUGGUUACAGGAGCAGAACUGUAAUGCUCAUAUUCAUAUUCAACACUUGGGAGCAAGAUAAUACUCAUAUAACAGCUUAAUAAACAACAAUUAAAUGACAAACUUACUUUAUAGACACAGUGCAUUUUCAUUUCGCUCUGUCAAUGAAACAUUUUCUGAUGACAAGGCUGAAAACCCACCUGAAAAGAAUGAAAACCAACCCGAUUUCCCCUCAUCCAAUAAAAUGUACAGCUGCGUUAUUCCCAUAAUGCACUUUAAAUUACACAUUUUGAUUUAUAUAUUCUGUUUUAAAUCUUAUAUGGAUUAUUUUAGCUAGACUUGUUUAUAUGUAGUAUGUGAUCAUUUAUUUCUGUAGGCCCAUUUCAUUCCUCUUCAAUCACCAAAUUGUCCCCAACUGUUUUAAACACAUCUUCAUGAAAAACAAGAACAUAUAAUCUAUUUUCUGAUCUCAGUAAAGACCAUACUACACAAUAA